CAACGACUCAAAACAAAAAAGUUGUUGACACUCUGCCAUUUGCAAAGGGCGCAUCUUUUAUUUACCAUUCGCUUUCAACAUUAAAAUGGUACAAGGCAACAAAGACUUCAACGUGCGACUCAUUUCCCUGGUCAAAGCCCAUCCCAUAAUUUGGAACCGGAAUGAUCAGCACUACCGCAGCACGCGUAACCGCAGAGAGAACCAUCUGGUCGAGAUUUGGAAGCAUAUCGCCAGCGAAAUCGGCCAAGGAAUGACCCCCGAUAUGUGCAGCGCCAAGUGGAGCAACCUCCGGGGGAACUACAGCCGGUACCUGCGCAACAUUGCGGUCGGAAAUCCCGGCAAGUUCUUCAUGUCCGAGGAGAUGAAGUUUCUGUUGCCCCACAUGGACGUGAAGCUGCCGGAGGAGACCGCACCCGGCAACGAAACCGAGGAAAACAGCGUUAACGGUCAGGAUUGCGCGGAAGCGAUGGAGGAGGAAGAUUCCGAGGGAAGCGGGAGUGGGCCUACCGGCGCUAAAACCUUCCGACAGUGUAAGCACCUGGUGGUGGACUCGCAGAAUACGGAUGCGGUUUUCCUGCUGAGCUUGCUACCAGAUUUGGGCCGCAUGAGCCCCGCCCAGAAGCGACUGUUCAAGCAGGGAGCCCUCGAGUUGUGCCAGCUAAUCUUGGAUUAGGGGGUGGUCACUUGAAUUGUAGAAGAUUAAUGUUAAUUUUUAAGAAAUGUAUAAAACAUAAAUGUUUUUAAUCAAGAAAACAUAAAA